AAAAGGUAGCCUUAUAGAUGCCUGGCACAAUCAAAUUAAGGUGGCUGGCAUUCUCAGUUGGAGCACAUUUGAAUUGAAUUGUCUUUUCUUUCUCGUGUUUUAGAAUGGCAAACGCGCCAAACGAAAACGCGUGUCUGAUUAAAGACCUUAAACCUGGAUUAAAAAAUAUUAAUUUGGUUUUUAUCGUCCUGGAAACUGGUCGAGUGUCUAAGACAAAGGAUGGACAUGAAGUGCGUUCAUGUAAAGUAGCUGACAGGACCGGAAGUAUUACAAUAUCAGUGUGGGACGAGGUUGGCAGCCUGAUACAAACAGGGGACAUCAUCAGACUCAGUCGAGGAUAUGCAUCUCUCUUCAAAGGCUGUCUUACACUGUAUAUUGGGAGAACAGGGGACAUUCAGAAGAUUGGAGAGUUCUGUAUGAUUUUCUCAGAGGUGCCAAAUUUCAGUGAGCCCAACCCAGAGGUGCUGGCUAAAAUCAACCAAAUCAACAACACUCACGCAAAAACAGAAGCUCAUGGCAGCACUCCUAGUGUACUGAAUCCUGGGCCACCUGCUGGACCUACAGCAAACGGCUCUGCUGUGUUUUGCCCUUCUCCUGUGCCCCGAGAGCCCUCCUUUGGUGCAGGUGGACGUCAUUUGAACCGCAGUUAUUAUAGCAGUGGCAGUGCUUCUGCAGUUUCAGGUGGAGGACAGGGAUCAAAACCCACGGUCACCAACACCAAUGGACGGGAUCCUCGCCGCGCCCUGAAGAGAUGAGAGCAUAUUUGUGACUUUACUUUUGUUUGUCACCCUAAUUGAUGGCUUAUUUGAUUAAUGAAUUAUAUUAACCUUUUCUGGAUUGAGAUUUUGCAGAA